AUGUCGGAAUGCAUUAUACCAACUCAUUCCGGAUGUCGAGUUCCAUUUAUUUGCAACCGGUUUCUUGAGAGUUAUACUAUAUGGUGCUUUCAUGGGGAAGCUAGUGUGUCAAGAAAUGAACAAAUGGAUGAUCGCGAAGAUAUGUUUGACGAGUAUGAAAUGUUUAUUGAUGCUAUUGGUGGGGGGGCAUUUGGAGCGGAAAAUAGUAGCCACGAGGACCCGAAUGAGCAAGCAUCAACCUUUUUAGAUAACGUGAAUAAAGUUGGUGAGCCAAUAUACCCAGGCAAUCUCAAAUAUUCUCAAUUGAAGUUUGUUACGAAAUUCCUCCAUUGGAAGAAUCACAACAAAUGUAGUGAUAAAGCUUUUGAUGAGUUGCUCCUUUUGCUUGGAGAUGUGUUCCCGGAUAAACAUAAGCUUCCUCUCAACUAUUAUGCUGUUAAGAAGAUGGUUAAACGGUUGAGUUUGGGAUAUGAAAAAAUACAUGCAUGCGAGAAUGAUUGUAUGUUGUUCUAUGGCGGUGAUAAAGAUCUAAGAAAUUGCAAGUAUUGUAAAUUGAGUCGAUAUAAAGCUACAACAAAUGCUGGGAAUAAUACUGUUCCAAGAAAGGUUUUGAGACAUUUCAAAAUCACUGACCGUUUGCAGCGUUUGUACAUGUCUACCCGCACGGCUGCACAUAUGAAGUAUCACAAGAACAGAAUUGUGACUGAAGGGGUUCUCACUCAUCCUGCAGAUGGAGAAGAAUGGAAAGAGUUCGAUAAGAAUUAUCCUUAUUUUUCAGCGGAGAUUCGUAAUGUCAGACUUGGCCUUGCAACCGAUGGAUUUCCCCCGUACAGCAAUGCUACCUCUACUGUUUACUCAGUAUGGCCUGUUGUGCUACUUGUGUACAACCUUCCACACACUAUGGUUACAAAGGAUCCAUAUAUGUUCAUGACACUGCUGGUACCCGGGCCGAAUGAUCCAGGAAAGAAUUUGAAUGUUUAUCUCAGGCCUCUAAUUGAUGAGUUGAUCACUUUAUGGAAUGUUGGUGUGGAGACAUUUGAUGCUUCUGCGAAGACUAAUUUUAUGAUGCGAGCAGCCCUAUUAUGGACUAUAAGUGACUUUCCUGGGUUGGGAAUGGUUAGUGGAUGGUCAACUCACGGGAAAAUGGCUUGUCAUGUGUGUAUGGGUGGGGUUAAAGCUAAACAACUGCCACACAGUAGGAAGUCAAGUUUUUAUGGGUUGCAUAAGGGGUUUUUAGAUAAACGACGAAAAAAUCGGAUGAAAGGUUGUGUUAUUCGCAACAAACUUGAUAGUUUAACUUUUCCACAACCUGGAAAACCACAUUCCAAGGAAAGGGCAAUUGGCUUUGGAGAUUGA